UUAUAUUGAUCCAGGUUAAGUAGAUGCGUGGGAUAUUAUUUCAACCUCAGAAGUCUCACUUUCUUUUUUGAAAAAAUGAUGUGAUCUUUCACCUUGCUCCUCAGUCGCCUUGGAGUGCCGGCGCGUUGGGAGAACAACACAUGGAGCAUGAUCGAUCCGAGGAAAGCGUCGAGCCGCGAAAAGCCUCUUGCUUCGGAUUUUUACACAGAGAACAAUUAAUUGCGGCUUUCGCGGCAUUAGGAUGUUUCCUCGUCGCGGCUAUCGUGUUAAUCGCUCUUGCAGCGACCGGCACAAUUCACGCUGGCAGCCCUUCUAAUGAUUCUACCAGCCAGAAACGGGUAGUCAAUGAUGUAAGCAUGCCAGGUUCAACGUCGACACCGACGUCUACUGCCCUAGGAUCUGCAACUUCAGAUUCGACUCAACCCUCUUUUACGCCAUCUGUCGUCAACUCUGCUGCAGUCUCACAUGUGAUUCCUCUAAGAAUCAUGGCUCUUGGCGCCUCUAUCGUCAAGGGCGAGACUUCUCCCGGCUACCUCGGUUUCCGCAAACCCAUGCGUGAUGAAUUAGUCGACUCCGGUUUCAUCGUGAACAUGGUGGGAUCUGUACAGUUAGGUGAUUUCGUCGACAACGAGGUUGAAGCCUAUGGCGGGAAGAAGGUCACGGAGAUGCACGACUAUGCCAAGAAGAUCGUACCCCAGUCACUGCCCAACCUUUUCGUCGUCCAUCUCGGGACCAACAAUCUUUUGCAGAACAAGGACACCGACAAAGUUGGCUCGCAAAUGAAAGAUUUGAUCGAUUACCUGCUGACUGCUUCAAACCAAUCAACGGUCAUCAUGAGCACCAUGUUGACUAAUAAAGUCCCCGAUAAGGAGCCUAAGGUCUUGGAUAUGAAUAAGCAGUAUCGAGAUAUGAUGAAGGGGUUCGAGGCAGAUCAGAAGCCAGUCGUAUUAGCUGAGAUGCAUCCCAGCGAAGGUGUCCCUGGGACUCCUACGACAGAUGACAUCGGACCCGAUGGUUCACACCCUACAGUUAAGGGGUAUGAAAUGAUGGCGAGUCUCUUCGUCAAGGCGAUCAAGGAAGCCGAGGGAAAGGGGUUCUUCCGUAAAGCCGUCGAUAAUGGCACACCAGAAGAUGGGAGUGUUGAGAAAUGAUAGAAUUUGGUAAUAGUCGGGGAUCGCCAAUACUUAUUACCCCUGAGACGGCACCUAGUACUUAGCACCGCCGCGGCGCGGUAGCUAGCCCAGGUUCUAGCUUCAGGAUUGUUAGAGGUUAUAGGAUAGAUAUAUCUCAAAAUGUUAAUCACAAGGUAUCGGGAACCAUUGGUUUAUCCGACACUAUGAAUUAUAUUUCUUCUUCAGAGUAUGCAACUUACCGUGUCCAUAAUUUCGUUGUUAUAAGCGCGUGGGUAUGCGCAUGACGGGACUGUGGUCCCGUCCGAAACCGGUCCUACCGAAAGCAACGACGCAAACGCGGCUUGCACCCUCCAUGCCUCAGUCAAGGGUGCUUAAGUAGAUGUCCUCGAUUUGCAUCACCACUGUAAGAUACCGUGAUUACGUACCGUCAACACCCGUCAAAAGGUGGACGACUUCGAUGACGAGCCAAUCGUAAUUAUGCGAGGGCUUAAUCGGUUAGAGUAUGUGGACUUUUAGAACAACAUUU